UCUCACUCCACAUUCCUCUCACUCAUACGCUACUCGCCUCUCUCUCUCUACGUUCUCAUCAGUCAUCACAAACUCACCAAUGGCGCCCAAGGGAGAGAAGAAACCAGCGGAGGAAAAGCCAGCAGCAGCCGAAAAGGCACCGGCGGAGAAGAAGCCCAAGGCGGACAAGAAGCUCCCGAAGGAAGCCUCCGCGACGUCAGCGGGGGAGAAGAAGAAGAAGAGGUCGAAGAAGAACGUGGAGACGUACAAGAUGUACAUAUACAAGGUCCUGAAGCAGGUCCACCCCGACAUCGGGAUCUCAAGCAAGGCCAUGGGGAUCAUGAACAGCUUCAUCAACGACAUCUUCGAGAAGCUCGCCCAGGAGGCCUCCAGGCUCGCCAAGAUCAACAAGAAGCACACGCUUGCCUCGAGGGAGAUUCAGACGGCCGUGAGGCUGGUUCUGCCCGGGGAACUGGCUAAGCACGCGGUUUCGGAAGGGACCAAGGCUGUUGCCAAGUUUACUAGCGCUUGAGAAAUGUUAGGGGUUUGUGGCGGUGGCGGUUGGUUGUAUUUUGGAACCAAGGGUUUAUAAUAUGUAAAGGUAUAGUAUAUUCUACGGAAUGAAGGUUAUGUAAAGUUAGGGUUUGUGGCGAUGGUGGGUAUUUGAUUUUGGGGGGUUUUUAGAACUAGGGUUUAUGAAUGUAAAGGUUUAGCAUUCUACGGAAUGGAAGUUUAUGUCAUGUUAUUUUGCUUGCGGUAAUGAAUAGGACUUGAAAUUUCUGGGGGUAA